GGGCGCGCGAUUUCAGAACGCGGGAAGCGAAAGGCAGUGGUGGUGUCUGGAGGCCGCGCGCGGGGCCAAGUAUCCAGUACAGACAGGAUGGGAAUCCACGGCCUGGCCAAGCUGAUUGCAGACGCCGCGCCCAGUGCCAUCCGAGAGAACGACAUCAAGAGUUAUUUUGGCCGGAAGGUGGCCAUCGACGCCUCCAUGAGCAUCUACCAGUUCCUGAUUGCCGUGCGGCAGGGAGCUGACAUGCUGCAGAAUGAGGAAGGUGAGACCACCAGUCACCUGAUGGGCAUGUUUUACCGAACCAUCCGUAUGGUGGAGAAUGGUAUCAAACCAGUCUACGUCUUUGAUGGCAAACCCCCCGAGCUGAAGUCGGGUGAGCUGGCCAAGCGGACUGAGCGCCGGGCCGAGGCGGAGAAGCAGCUCCAGGAGGCCCAAGAGGCAGGGGAAGAGGACAAUGUGGAGAAAUUCAGCAAGAGGCUUGUCAAGGUAACAAAGCAGCACAAUGAUGAGUGCAAGAAGCUGCUGACCCUGAUGGGCAUUCCCUAUGUGGAGGCACCAGGUGAGGCUGAAGCCAGCUGUGCCACCUUAGUGAAAGCUGGCAAAGUCUAUGCAGCUGCCACUGAGGACAUGGACUGCCUGACCUUUGGCAGCCCCGUGCUGAUGCGGCACCUUACGGCCAGUGAGGCCAAGAAGCUCCCUAUCCAGGAAUUCCACCUGAACCGUGUGCUGCAGGACCUGGACCUAACAUGGGAGCAGUUUGUGGACCUGUGCAUCCUUCUGGGCUGUGACUACUGUGAGAGCAUACGUGGCAUUGGGCCUAAGCGUGCUGUGGAGCUCAUCAAGCAGCAUAAGACCAUUGAAAACAUUGUGCAGCACAUAGAUCCCAAGAAGUACCCCCUGCCUGAGAACUGGCUGCACAAGGAGGCCCAGCAGCUCUUCCUGCAGCCUGAUGUGGUGGACCCUGAAGCUGUGGAGCUGAAGUGGAGUGAGCCGGAUGAGGAUGGACUUGUCCUUUUUAUGUGUGGGGAGAAGCAGUUCAACGAAGAACGGAUCCGCAAUGGGAUCAAGAGGCUGAGCAAGAGCCGCCAAGGCAGCACUCAGGGCCGGCUGGAUGACUUCUUCAAGGUGACUGGCUCCAUCACCUCAGUCAAGCGUAAGGAGCCAGAACCCAAGGGCUCAGCCAAGAAGAAAGCAAAGGGCAAUAGUGCAGCAUCAAAAAAGUUCAAAAAGGGGAAAUAACCAGACCUUCCAGAACUGUCCUAGUUCUCUUCCACUCCCAAAUCCUCCAGGGGUUUAAAUUUGAUAGAAGAUCCCGUAUUCUUCCUGCACUGCUCUGAAUGGUACCUGUGCUGCUUCCGCUCCCCCAUAUAAUGCUUCCCUGUCAGUGAACCAGAUGACACUCUUGUAGCACAGAAGCAGUAUAGGCACAAUGCUGAGGGAAGAGAGGACAAAAUUAGUGGAAGGGUGGGGGAAUUAGGAGGAGUAGGACAUAUUGACAAACUAAGGCGUGAGGGACCUGUACUAGCAAUCCAGUGACAGUGUUCAUCAGCUUCAGACUUACUUUGUCCAAGGCCAGACUAGGGUGCUGCAAAAAUUGUGCACAGGCAACACCUUGUGUUACUCUCAAGCAGUUCCCUCUGGCUUACUGAAGGAGUGCUGUUGACUAGCCAUGAUACAAACCAAACCCAAAUACUGAAAAGGAGGAUGUCAGCCAAAUGGACCAAGAAAUCAGCUCAAAGUAGUGUGUGGAAGAGAUGGAGUCUGAAGCAGAAAGUGGGGAAGAAAUGUGUAAAAUCCAAAUGUGGGGGAGGGAGGUAGAGAGCUACAGAAAGAAGGGAAUUUGUUACUUUAAUGGGGAUCCUCUAUGGUCUUCCUUCACUUAUCUGUGUGUAUUAGAUUGGUAAUUAAGUGAUUGAUGGAGAGACAACGUAGAAAUUUAAAAUCCUCUUGAAGUUUUAAACUCUCCCCCUCCCCUAUUUAUAGAAGUAUCUGAUCAGGGAGAGGAAGAUUCUUCCCCCCACAGGAAGUACUGAAAUUUAACCAUUUGAUGCAGAUUGUUUUGGUUCCAUUCCAUAUCCCAGCCCUGUGUUGGUUUGGUCCCAAUAUGUAAAUGAGGAGGAGCUGUGAAGGAAUUGUAACUUCCCAGGUUUAACAUUUGUCACUAGAUUUUAUUUUAUUUUUUAAGUUUUGAAGAAAAACAUUAAUAAACCUAAAAAUGGAAAACUGUUCAGUUGUUCAUUUGGGUUUGAAAUAGCUGCUUCACUGCAGCCCAUUCCAAAGAAAAAGUUACUCAAAUGGAAUAAAGGUUAGAAAUCCAGAGGAAUAAUGCAAGGUGAGAAAAACCUUGAACAUUAUCCCAGCCCUUCUCACAAGCUGCAUUCAUUUUAGCAGAGAUUUCCAGGCUUUGUGGAAUGUGAAGGAGCUAGGAUUUAGGAAAAGACAUUUGGUCUUCCCUUGUGCCAUUCUCUGCUUCUCCAAACUGUACAGGGGACCUAAUACUCUUUGCAUUUUCCAUUAUAAAAGUGCUGUACAAACAUGA